AUACUUUUGAUCAUAUAAACUUUUUAACAACUGAUGGUCCAUUUUAAAGGUGAAUACAAUAGUUAUAGACCGAAUAAAUAUGAUAUGUCAAAUGGUUUACGUAGAGCAAGAGUACCGUUCUUAUAUAAAAACCUGUUAACUGGUUUCGUCAUUUUAACAUUCACGUCCACAGUUUACAUUUAUUCGAUAGCGGCUGUAAAUCAGGAUGAUUUUAGUGACGUUAAACCAAUGAGGAGGGAUAAGGAGAUUGAAUCAAUAAGUAAUAAUAUAACGUCAUCAUCCCCACCUUCAAAUCAACCACAACAUAGAGGAAUCUUGAAUAAACUUUUGGAAUUAAAUGGCUAUAAAACUUCAAGCAGUUUGAUCAUAAAUAACGCACCUAAUUUAUAA